AUGUCCAAGGGCAGCAAGUACCUGCUGGUGUCGCUGCCGACGUCUAUCUCCCCCUCGAAUCACCACGAUGACGCCCUGACGGCCUUGCGCUCCACCGUGACCAAUGACGUUGGCAACACUUCUCCGUUCGCCAUACCCAACUUCAAGAUCGGAACCCUGGAUGCCCUCGUCCAGCAGGCCGAUGAACUUUCCAAGCUCAGUAAUGCCUGCGAGGGUGUAGUCGCAAAGGUCGGAGAGAGUCUGCGCCAGAUUCUCGACGGCGACGAGUCCAAGGUGCAGCAGCAGAAGACGAUAAAUGACAAGCCCGUCGACCAGUACCUGCGCAGCUUCCAGUGGAACAAGGUCAAGUACCGCGCAGACAAGCCCAUCGCAGAUCUCAUAGAUGCACUACAAAAGGAGAUACAAGGUAUCGACAACGAUGUCAAGUCCAAGUUCAGCCAGUACAACCAGACAAAGGGCGCCCUUGCAGCCGCAGAGCGAAAGCGCACCGGCAACUUGUCUACCAAGUCCCUCGUCAAUGUCGUCAAUCCCAAGUCCAUCGUCCGCGACUCUGAAUACCUCGAUACACACCUCAUUGCCGUCCCCAACACGGCUGUGAAAGACUUCUACCAGGCAUACGAAGAGCUGAGCCCCAUGGUUGUCCCCCGCUCCGCCAACAAGAUUGCACAGGAUGAUGAGUUUACCCUGUUCGCCGUCACAACAUUCAAAAAGCACUCCAACGAGUUUGUCCAUAAGUGCAGGGAAAAGCGAUGGACUCCGAGAGAAUACACGUACAAGGAAGGUGGAAAGGAAGAGGAGGCAAAGGAGGCCGACCAAUUGGCCAAGGAUGAGCGCAAGCUCUGGGGUGAGGCGCUGCGGCUAGGUCGCACAGGAUACAGCGAGAGUGCUAUGAUCUGGAUUCAUGUCCUAGCACUCAGAGUGUUUGUGGAAACCGUGCUGAGGUACGGCCUACCGCUGGAUUUUGUAUGCGGCAUUGUUCAGACCGACGCCAAAUCGGCGAAAAAAGCAAAGGCAAACCUUGAUACAGCCUACUCAUACCUUGGUGGCAACGCUUUCGGCCGUGAUAGCAAAGGCCGCAUCAAGAAGGACGACCAGUCCAUGUCCAUUGACAUGCAACAAGCUGGACACAUGGGCGACCAGGAGUACACCGCAUACGUCUAUUACGAGUUCGAAGUUGUAUAG